UAUGAGCGGUGCAACUGAAGUGAUUGGAGCGAAAAAUUGCCGUACUUGUCUUGGGCACGUGUUAUCGAUAUCGAUUGACCAGAAAACCAGGGAGCCACCAACUGUGUGCUGAGUGUGUCACUUCCAGGGCAGCCGCACCAUGUCUCAAGAGGCUGACUCUAGCCAGUCCCAGGCUCCGACUCAGUCACAAAGCAGCUCCAGCUCUUCCUCCGCCCCAGCAUCCACUAGCCAGUCCUCCUCCUCCUCAGGGUCUGGGACGCUCAGUUCUGUGGACACUGCUCCAGUGCGGGACCUGGCAUCCAUUCCGGAGGAGCCAGAGGUACAGCCCUGGGGGUGCCUCCUUCCCAUGGAAAGGGGCUUCAAAGUACACAAUUGUUCAGAGGACGAGUACUGGUUUGGACGGGACCGGACGUGUCAUUACUGUUUCAAUGACCCUAUUUUAAAAGCAUCUGAAAACUUUACCACUUACAGUAAGAAACACUUCAGAAUCUUCAGGGAACAAGACAUUGUCUACAUUGAGGACACAAGUGUGAAUGGAACCUUUGUGGAUGGGGAGCUUGUUGGGAAGGGCAAGAGGCUUCCACUGGCUAACAAUGUUAAGCUGGCUCUCACUCAGCCCCACCACAAAGUGUUUAUGUUCAUUGAUCUCAUGGUGGCUGAACAGUCAAAUCUCCCCAGAGAGUUCACAGACAAGUACCUGAUUUCUAGAAAGAUUGGCGCAGGCGUUUGUGGUGAAGUUAAACUGGCAUUCGAAAAAGCAACAUGCAAAAAGGUAGCCGUGAAGACAAUAAAUAAGAAUGACUUCCCAUGCACCGGAACUGCUGCACGAAAUGCAGAGAGAGAAAUUGAAAUUCUGAAAAAGGUAGACCAUCCUUGUUUGAUCCAGACAGAGGACUUUUUCCAAACGGAUGAAUCCUAUUACAUUGUAUUAGAACUCAUGGAAGGCGGAGAACUGUUUGACAGAGUCAAAACUAAAAAACAGCUUGACGAGUCAAUUGCCAAGCUGUAUUUUUUUCAGAUGUUGCUGGCAGUAGAAUACCUUCACAGCAACGGAAUCAUUCACAGAGAUCUAAAACCGGAAAACGUCCUCCUGGCCUCAAAUGAUGACAUCUGCCUCAUUAAGAUCACAGACUUCAACCAGUCCAAGAUUCUGGAGGAGACAUCUCUGAUGAGGACUCUGUGUGGCACGCCCACCUACCUGGCACCAGAGGUGUUCACAGACGCUGUCACGGUGGGCUACAGCAGGGCUGUGGACUGCUGGAGCCUAGGAGUCCUCUUAUUUGUAUGUUUAGGAGGGUAUCCCCCGUUUCACACAGAGGGGACUGACAUGACCGUCAUGGAGCAGAUCACUCAGGGAUAUUACCGGUUUAUCCCUUCAAAAUGGGACAGGAUAUCAGACAAAGCCAAAGAUCUUGUUAAGAAGCUUCUCGUGGUGGACCCCAAAAAGAGACUGACCAUUGAGGAGGCACUGCAGCAUCCAUGGUUGCAGGAUGAGCAGAUGAAGGCCACAGCCUUUAAAGUCAUGUACCCUGAUGGAGCCCCUUCAGAUGUGCAGGUAAAGUAUUUUGAGAAACUACUCAACAUUUAUAUUUCACAUGCUUUGAGGUUUUCUUUUUUCUGUUUAUUCUUGACAAGAGUGUACUGGGAACAGUUGAGAAAUGGUGAAUAACAGCAUCUUUACAUCUGUAUCUGUAGCCUUCUACCAGUCACAAACGGCCACUGGACAAAGAUGAGUUGCCAGCGAAGAGGAGGCAAGCUCCACUGUCAU